AUAUAAGUCAUCUUCUUCCUCCAUUGUCGCUUCUCCAAACACUCAUAAGCCAUAUCUGCUUGUAGCUUCCUGCUUCUCAGAUCUUCUCGGAAAAAUGAAGGUUGUCGCUGCUUUCCUCCUCGCCGUUCUUGGCGGAAACGCUAAUCCUUCUGCUGAUAACAUCAAAGAUAUUAUCGGAGCUGUUGGUGCUGAUGUUGAUGGAGAGAGCAUUGACCUUCUUCUGAAAGAAGUGAGUGGUAAAGACAUCACCGAGCUGAUUGCAACCGGUAGGGAGAAGUUGGCUUCUGUGCCAUCAGGUGGUGGUGUGGCUGUUGCAGCUUCUUCUCCAUCAAGCGGUGCUGCCUCUGCUCCUGCAGCUGCAGAGAAGAAAGAAGCCAAGAAGGAAGAGAAAGACGAGUCCGAUGAUGACAUGGGAUUCAGUCUCUUCGAGUAGGACUUUGGCUGCGGAAUGCAGUUAGUGGAACUUUUUUUGCUCUCUUUUUUGUCCUCUCUUGUAGUUCGUUGUUAUCAAAGAUUGAUUACAAUUUUUAGUUAGAUAUGAAACGAGAAGAGUUUUUUCCUUAUCUUGUUGGUUUUUCAUCUUUAUCC